UGUCGCCGCUGCCUCAGUUCUCGUCCGAUCGGAAUGCAGUGUAUUGGUGGUGCUCCGACCGUGACACACGCGCGUAAUACGCUCGCUUCGCCGCUGUCGUUCCGUUAUCAAUAAUUUUCGCGUUUUGGCCGCUCUCACGUGUGCGCCGAUAACACCGACCGUUUAGUACUGCGUGAUCGACGGUCCACAUCGAUCGUUUUGAUUUAUCGGCGACGACAGUUUCUGACCGCACUACAAGCCGAUGCCACCGAACGUUAUCUGCAGUUGACCACGGUCGCCGUCACGACGGCAUUAGUCUGCACUAAUACAUCCACCGCCGUCCAUACGACACGUAGCUGCCGCAUAGUUGAGCUCAGAAGAGCAGCGACUGCAAUAACGGCCGUCCACCGUGGUACAGUCGUGUGGCGGACAUGCACACGGCGCGCGCUGCCAGCGUAACGCCAUGCCGGAGCUGUCGCCGGGCGCGUUGUUGUUUUUUGCCACAUCCGCUGCCCCCGACGACCGCCACCAUCGUUACCGUUGUCCUCCCGACGUCGACAACGACAACCACUUUGCAGCGUCCUCAACGACCAUCACCUUCCCGGCUGCCGGCGCCUCAGCGACCUCAUCUGCAGCCGACCGUCUGGCGUUUUCCGUCUACCACCACCGUCGUUUAAUCGACGCACCGACCGACCGCCAAAAUGACAGUGCUGAAGAACCGACGGUUGAUGGCCGGCCGACCGUUUUCCGUGAAACGUUGCGUGGCGGCGCUCAUGGUGCUAGGUUUCCUUUCCAUAUUCUAUUACACGCACUACCUGAGUUCACCGAUCGCCAGUUUGCUGAUGCGACGGGAACAUAAAAUGGUUCGGAUGCGACCGUACGGCAUGUGCCCACAUUUUCAAUCCACACCGCCAACGGAUCACAGACCACCGCACCAAGGAUCAGGCGAUGGUCGUUCUAGGACCGACCCUAAGUUAUUAUUACUUGUUGAGACUGCAUAUCCGAGGCUCGGCAGAGAACUAGCCGAGACACUCGUCCAUAAUAGACUGAGAUAUAAAAUGGAAGUGGCCGGCAAAUCUUUACCGGCGCUGACGAAUUUGGACAAAGGCCGAUAUUCCGUCAUCGUGUUUGAGAAUUACCAUCGGUAUCUCAACAUGGACAAAUGGAACAGAGAGCUGUUGGACAAGUACUGUAGGGAAUACGGGGUCGGCAUAUUGGGAUUUUUCCCACCAGCUAAUCGCCAUAUGACCGGCGUUAAGGUCAAAGGAUUCCCGUUGCACAUGCACACGAAACUAUCUCUCAGGGACGCAAUGCUGAACUCAGCGUCGCCAGUAUUGAGAGUUGCUCGGGCUGGUGGCGUAUACCAAGGGCCAUUGCCAGGUGACGAUUGGUCCGUGUUCACUGCCAAUCAUACGACAUAUGAACCGGUGGCCUGGGGCAGUAACAGCAGCGGCGGUGAACAAGGCGAGUACGUCCCGUUGGCCACGGUUAUGCAGGACCACGGAAUGUACGAUGGGAUAUCGAGGGUAUUGUUCGGCAACGGGCUCAACUUCUGGCUGCACCGACUGUUGUUUCUCGACUCGCUGUCAUACCUUAGCAAAGGGCUACUAAGCAUAUCGCUGGAGCGUCAGGUGCUCGUGGAUAUCGAUGACAUAUUCGUCGGCGAGAGCGGAAUCCGGAUGUGGAAGGAAGACGUGCAUGAUUUGAUCGAUACUCAGGAUCGGAUACGCCAGUUAGUGCCUGGAUUUAAAUUCAACUUGGGCUUCUCAGGAAAAUACUUUCAUCGAGGCACGUGGGAGGAAAACGAAGGAGAUGAUACGAUAUUAGAGAAUGUAGAUAAGUUUAACUGGUUUUGCCACAUGUGGAAUCAUAUGCAACCGCAUCUGUACAACAAUGAAACGCAUCUGGAGUACGAGAUGUCGCUGAACAAGGCGUUUGCCGAGGCGCAUGGAAUACCUACUAACUCCAGCUACUCAGUAGCGCCCCACCAUUCAGGUGUUUAUCCGGUACAUGAACUGCUAUAUACUGUUUGGAAAAAGGUUUGGAAAAUUCGAGUGACUUCGACCGAAGAAUAUCCGCACCUAAGGCCUGCCAGGCUGAGGAGAGGAUUUGUUCAUCGAGGCAUCAAGGUAUUGCCUAGACAGACUUGUGGCUUAUUCACGCACACUAUCUAUGUGGACCGAUACCCAGGAGGACGUAAAAAAUUGGACGAAUCCAUAAUGGGCGGAGAACUAUUUCAAACCAUCGUAUACAACCCCAUCAAUGUAUUCAUGAGCCACAUGUCCAAUUAUGGCAGUGACCGAUUAGCAUUAUACACCUUCGAGUCAGUAUUUCAGUUCAUCAGAUGCUGGACAAAUUUGAAAUUGGUGUCAUCUGGACCUCUGGAACUAGCAGACAAAUAUUUUAAGAUGUAUCCAGAAGAAAUUGAUCCAGUGUGGGGUAAUCCUUGCUUGGACCAACGUCAUCUUAAGAUCUGGUCUUACAAAAAAUCUUGCCAGCAUCUUCCCAAGUUUCUAGUAAUUGGACCUCAGAAGACUGGCACCACAGCAUUGUACACAUUUUUGUCAAUGCACCCAAACAUAUCAGCAAACAUUCCCAGCAAAGAAACAUUCGAAGAAAUCCAAUUCUUCAACGGUCGCAACUAUUAUAAGGGAUUGGAUUGGUACAUGCAAUUUUUCCCUUCAAAUGACUCUGUGGAUAACAAGAUUGUAUUUGAAAAAUCCGCCACCUAUUUUGAUUCAGAUAUUGUGCCUAAACGUGUACAAGCACUAUUGCCCAAUGUUAAACUUGUAACCAUAUUAAUCUCUCCAGCCAAAAGAGCAUACAGCUGGUACCAACAUGCCAAAGCCCACGGUGAUCCAAACACGCUCAAGUAUUCAUUUCACCAAGUCAUAACAGCCAACGAAUCUGUUGUACCCAAAACAUUGAGGGACUUUCGUAAUAGAUGCUUGAACCCUGGAAAAUAUGCGUUGCACAUCGAACGGUGGCUGGACUAUUUCCAUCACAAUAAUUUGCACAUAAUUGACGGAGAUCAGCUCAAGUCCAAUCCCGUAGACGUGUUGGACCAGUUUCAGAAGUUCUUGAAAAUCACGCCACCGUUCGAUUAUUCUUCUCACAUCAGGUAUGAUGCCAAAAAAGGAUUCUUCUGUAAGGUUUUGGAAGGGGGUGGUAAUAAGUGCUUGGGCAAGGGUAAAGGCCGGCAGUAUGCUACCAUGGACGCGGAGUCAUACAAGUACCUUCGAGAAUAUUAUAUGCCAUACAAUACAGCGUUGGUAAAACUGUUACGCAAGUUAGAACACACCACCAUUCCACAGUGGCUCAAAGACGACCUGAGCUAUUCAUCCACCUGACAUUUGCUUCGUGGUAGAAAAAAGAAAUACCAGCGAUUGUUAGCUGGUGUAUAUUCUACCACGAAGAAAUAAAAAUGAUGAAUUUGCCAUAUUCAUGAUAUUUAUAUUACACUUUUUUUUAAAAUAAUAAUUGUAAAAUAAAAAUGAUGCCAUAUUAUAUAUAUUAGGUUAUUUUAAGGUAUGAAAUUUUAAGUUUUUUUUUUUUUUAAUACCAUUACUUUUUGUUGAUUCUACUGUACGUAUAUUAUAUA